CCGAGCAGAACAGAACAGACUUAACCUAGAUUGAGCAUCUCCACCAUGAAGACAGCUAGUAUCUUCAUAGUCUUCACUCUGGCAUAUUUAUGUUGCUUCUCAGGUGUUGUCAGUGAACCUGCAAAUCAGUUGCAGAAUGACUGUAGUGCCUAUCCAGAACCACCAAUGGGCAAAACCCUCCUCUGUACGAAAGAGUACAAUCCUGUCUAUGGCACCGAUGGUAUGAUGUAUGACAACAUAUGUUUUCUGUGUGCAGCAAAAUGGAAAAGUGGAGGCAAGCUUAGCCUACAGCAUGCUGGUCUAAAAAGGAUUGAUUGUAGACGAUACUAUGGCCAAAGUAAAGACCCGCGCAAGAUAAACUGCGACCGGAUGUAUGCACCAGUCUGUGGAACAAAUGGUGUCACUUAUGUUAAUGCCUGUAGGCUGUGUGUAGAAAUCUUAAAUGGGGCUGCCAUAGACCUGGCACAUAAAGGAAAAUGUAAGAAGAAGGAUGACUGCAGUGAAUAUUCAAAAUCACAAAAGAGGAAACACAUUUUCUGCCCAACGAUUUACAGGCCUGUCUGUGGCACAGAUGGUAUAACAUAUGCCAACAAAUGUAGUUUGUGUUCAGCAAGAGAGAAAACUGGAGUCAACAUUGGCAUAAAGUAUGAAGGAACAUGUAACCAAAAGAUCAAGUAAUGGAAGAAUUGGCAUACAAUGUUCAGCAUAAGUGAUAAAUUCUUCUUAUACCUUUAUGUAAAGAUCUAGGAGCCAUUUCUCCUGUCCAUCCAGUAUUCCAGACCAUCCUGAAUUGGCGAUUCAAUAAAACAAAUGUAGCAGAAAUUUUUGUCUUUAUUCUUAUAUCAGCACAACAC